AUGAAAUAAAAAUUGAAAUUUGAUCAAACACUUUAUGCAGAUGUAGAAUAUUUGGAUGAAAAAGGAAAUUUUGAUUUCAAGAAAUUCGCAAAUGCUGCAUCUGAAUCAAUAAAAAUAAAAAAUAAAGAUAAAGCAUAAAAUAAUUUCGUUUAAAUCUAAUAGAAAUGGGAUUUAUAGAGAUAAGCUAUUAAAAAUUAAAAAAUGGAAAUCAAAUCUAAACCUGUUAGUGAAGUAAACAAAAAAUAAAUAGAAAUAAUUGAAGAAAUGAAAAAAAGAAAAUCUAAAUUGUAGAACUUAGUCAAAAAUUCAUAAAAUAUUGAUAAUUAAAUCAAAGAAACAAGUCAUAAAAUAACUUAAAUUAAAAAACAGCCUUCUAUUUAGAAAGUAGCGUAAUAGAUUGAUAAAAUGACUGCAGAUCAAGCUUAACUUCGUCUUUUCAGGUUUGAUUAAAUGGAAAAAGUUUAAUUUUAAUGA